CAGAAAGUGUCUCUGUGUCCCGAAUCUUUCCUCGUUAGUUCAUCACAUUUUUUUUAUUAUACUAAUGGUCAAGAAAUGAGAACCCAACUUUUUUACAAAUUCCUUUCUCUUUCCCUCCUUUACGCAAAUCAUAAAAGUGAUUUCAACAGGACAGCGAGUGAGAAAGAGACAGGCUACAGAGAAAGCGAUAGUUCGUUCACUCUUCGCUUUCUAAAGAAUCUCAAAACCCAAGAAAGUCUGGAGAGUAAAAUCGAUUCUAAAUUGUUCUUUUCUUAGCAAAAAAACAAAAGAACAAAAAAAAGAAAAAUGAAGAAACUUCAUGUUCAUCUUCAUUUUCUGUUUCUUUUGAAGAUCUCUGUUACUCAAUUCCUCAUUGUUUCUUCUUCUUCAUUAAACCCUUCUAUAGCUCCUGUUUACACUUCCAUGGCUGCUUUCUCUCCUGGAAUCCAAAUGGGAAGUGGCGGAGAACACAGAUUCAAUGCGCAUAAGAAACUUCUGAUUGGUCUCAUAAUCAGUUCCUCUUGUCUUGGCUUCAUAAUCCUCUUUUCUUUAGGCUUAUGGGUUUAUUGUCGGAAGAAAUCUCCCAAUUCCAUCAAGAAUUCAGAUACUGAGAGUGGCAAUUCAUUUGCCAUGUUUAUGAGACGACUAAGCUCAAUCAAAACUCAGAGGAGAACAUCUUUCAAUAAGGGCUAUGUGCAGAGUUUCGAUACCAAGACGCUAGAGAAAGCAACAGGCGGUUUCAAAGAGAGUAAUGUAAUCGGACAAGGCGGUUUCGGAUGCGUUUACAAGGCUUGUCUGGACAACAACACGAAAGCAGCGGUUAAAAAGAUCGAAAACGUUUGUCAAGAAGCUAAACACGAGUUUCAGAAUGAAGUUGAGUUGUUGAGCAAGAUCCAGCACUCGAACAUUAUCUCAUUGUUGGGCUGCGCAAGUGAAAUCAACUCGAGUUUCAUCAUUUAUGAGCUGAUGGAGAAAGGAUCCUUAGAUGAUCAGUUACAUGGACCUUCUUGUGGAUCAGCUCUAACAUGGCAUAUGCGUAUGAAGAUUGCUCUUGAUACAGCUAGAGGACUAGAGUAUCUCCAUGAGCAUUGUCGUCCACCAGUUAUCCACAGGGAUUUGAAAUCGUCGAAUAUUCUUCUUGAUUCUUCCUUCAAUGCCAAGAUUUCAGAUUUUGGUCUUGCGGUAUCGGUUGGUUUGCACGGUAAUAACAACAUUAAGCUCUCCGGUACACUUGGUUAUGUUGCCCCAGAAUAUCUCCUAGACGGAAAGUUGACGGAUAAGAGUGAUGUGUAUGCAUUUGGGGUGGUUCUUCUUGAACUUUUGUUGGGUAGAAGGCCGGUUGAGAAAUUGAGUCCAUCUCAGUGCCAAUCGCUUGUGACUUGGGCAAUGCCACAACUUACCGAUAGAUCGAAGCUUCCAAAGAUCGUGGAUCCGGUUAUAAAAGAUACAAUGGAUCUGAAGCACUUAUAUCAGGUAGCAGCCAUGGCUGUGUUGUGCGUGCAGCUAGAACCGAGUUACCGACCGUUGAUAACCGACGUUCUUCACUCACUUGUUCCAUUAGUUCCGGUAGAGCUAGGAGGGACUCUCCGGUUAACACGAUGAUUAACAUAACACGCAAAAAUCCAAAUCUAUUUACCUUUUGCAUCUUUUUAAUUUUUGCAUAGGGGAUAUGAUUCUCUCAAAAGUUUGGGAAUAAGAAUGUGCGAUUAGAAGUUUUCCAGGGUGGUUGAGUUAUAUAAUUCUAGUUGUUGGAUUGUAAAUUGUUUGUAUAGAUUUUUCACGUCACGUUUUGUGAUUGGUGUGCGUUGUAAGAUCAACAAUUUAGAAAAUAUGGUAAUAGCUAUUCAAUCAUGAACGUAAAGUGAUAAUUAAAAAUAG